AUGGUGGAGAACAAGCCACCACAACCAUAACGAUACAGACUGCAAAAUGAUCAAGACUCUAAUACUCUCAGCAUUGCUGAGCUCCACUGUAGCCAUGGGGGGUGUUGGCCUGUGGAGUGCAGAGAGUUUAAGGAAUGAGACAGGAGGUGAGGAAAGGUGCACCUGCAAUGCCUUCCUGCCCAGUUUAACCUUUCCUGUCGGUGAUUUGGUGGUGGUGGAGCAGACCGCUGUUGAGAUCUCAAACAAGCUGAAACUGGAGAUGGGCAAGGUGGAGGACUAUGAACUUAAGAUUACACAGUACACAGAAAAGAUCAUAAAGCUGACGGUGACAAUCGAAACAAUGGAAAAGAAUCCUGAUGACUACAAUGAAGCUGACUUUGAAGAGAUAAAUGUGCAGAUUAAACAAGUAGAGGCUCUGAUUGUAGAGCUGCAAUUCUCCAUCAAUGCUUCGGUCACUGUCUUUGAGUCCCUGCAUGUACAGGUAACUGUCAUGUUGGUCACCCUGGACAGACUGGAGAAGACUUAUGACAAGAAUUUGGUGCUUUCAACUCGCAGAGAGUACUUAGAGGUGCAGUUUCAGCUCGAGGAAUGUGAGAGACGCCACCAGGAGCUCUUCAACCCCAACAUCGGUUCUUGUGCUAACUCUGGCCUACUGAGGGUCGGCAAGCCUGUGGUGAGCCAUCUGAAUGCCCAGCUAAAUGCCGGCUACUAUUAUGGAGGCUGGGGGAAAGAUUCAAACCCUAUUUCUGACAGAGAGUCCAUGUACUGGUACGCUGGUUACUCUACCACUUCCAUGACGGACAUCCGGUUCUUCACUAACUACAAGAACCUUAUUCUGAGAACCCCUUUUCUCCAUCACACCCUGUCCAGUGGUUGGUAUGGCACCGGGAACAAUAUUAUAAUGCGUGAUAACACUCUGUAUUAUCAGAUAAAUAGCCCAUUUGGACUAGCUAAACUGAAUUUUACCACCAUGAAAUAUGAGUCCAGGGUGGUUCCCAAGGCCUCCUCCAGGUUCUCAUACAGCAGCUCCGCCAAUCAGAACUUUGACUUUGCUGCAGAUGAAACAGGAUUGUGGGUGACCUACGCUACUGAAGGGUCCGGGGGUCGGGUGGUCAUAGCUAGAAUAAACGAGGCCUCCUUUGGGAUUGAAGAGGAAUGGCUGACCAGUGUUUAUAAGCCAGGUGUUACUAAUGCCUUCAUGAUCUGUGGUGUUUUUUACGCAGUCAGAACAGUGGACACCCUAACUGAAGAGAUAUUUUACAAGUACAACACUAAAACUAAACAGGAGAGCUACAUUAGUAUUACCUUUGAGAGGUUUCAAAACAGGUAUACAAACUUGGAUUAUAAUCCUACUGACCAGAAGCUCUACAUGUACAAUGAUGGUUACUAUGUGAGCUACCAUCUCUGGUUUAACAACACAGUUGAAGCCACAGUGGCGCCACUGGUGUUACUGGUGACUUAAACAACUUUCUCUCCUUGAUAGAGAAAUGUGAUAUGAAUGAUUAAUGAAUUUCUUUUUCUCCUUUUUCUUGUACCAUCCCUUUUCUUGACUGCUAAUAAAUGAUUUGAAGCAUGCAAAA